AUUAUAAUAAUUUGUAUUACUUAUUAUACGUAUUAUAUCGCUAGAUUUCGGGAAGAGUAGUUUUUGAGGUUAUCUUAGUUCAGAUCUUGUGCUUACUCUAUGAUUCAGUAAAUAAUAGUUAAACUUACUUAUAAUAUUAUAUUAAUUAUUAUAUAUUAAUCGAUUGUGUAAUAGGUAUUAAUUAUAAUAAUUUGUAUUACUUGUUAUACGUAUUAUAUCGCUAGAUUUCGAAAAGAGAUGUGAGGUUACAAAGUCGAAGUUUAGAUUUUUUUAUAUUUAGUGAUAGAAUUGAUAUUUAUAAAUAAUAGUGGAACGACGGUAACAAAUAAAAUUAAAAAAAAAACAAUUUCAACGAUUGUGUGAAAUUAAAUAUAACGACGUGGAGGAGAAGUUGCACGUGUGAUUUGUUUUUUUUUUGUUUGGUGUCAACAAAAAGAAUAACCAGUUAAUUAAAAAAAAGAAAAAAGGAAAAAAAAUUUUGGAACUUUCUUCGUGAUCGUUGAUAAACGAUCUUUUAAUAAUUCAUCGAAGUACUCGUGUUUCACGAGACAUCCUACUUUCUGAGCAUAGAAGAAAUUGUCUAUGUUAUAUUGCAACUAUAUCAUCAACAAUAACAAUCAACAUUCAACUAAUCGAAGAAUAAAUCAAGAACAAUCAUCUUAAUUUUCUAUUAGUAAUAUUAAUUAUAAGUUAAUUAUAAUGGCUGAUUUAUUUGAUAUUGCAAAUAUGAUUUCAAGUGUUGGAGUGGAUGCUAUUAAAAUCAAAUCAGAACCGGGUUUGCCAGAAAAAUCAUCGAAUGAAAUUUUAACUGAACUUUUCAAUACUUUUAAUGCAGAUGAGAGUGUUGUAUCUCCAGAUAACAGAUGUUCACAAGUUUUAGAUGAUACUGUUAGAUCAGAGAAAAAAGAUAAAAGUCAAGUAGAGAAAAGAAAAAAGAAGAGUAAGAAGAAACAUAAGCAUAAAGAUAAGAAGCAUAAGAAAAGAUCUAGACAUACUUCUUCUGAUAGUAACAACAGUGAUAUUGGAAGCUCUAUUAGUAAAAAGAAGAAAAAACAUAAGAAAAAGUCUAAGCGUAAACAUGAGUCGUAUUCAAGCAAAUCAUCUGAUUCGGAUGAUCCGAAAUCUAAAAUUUCCAAGAUUGAAGAUGAGUUGAUCACAGAAGAAAAUAUUAGAGCAGAUGUAUCUGUUAAAGAGGGUAUCAACGAUGUACAAUUGAGAGAAGUAGCAUUGAUCAGGGAUGAAACUAACUCUGUUAAUAAAUCUGUGACACAGGAUAAAGAAGAUCAAAUACUUGGAAGUCCUGAAUUACCACCUAUUCCAAAGAAGCAAGAGGAUGAUUUUGAAGAAUCGGAACUACCAAAAAUUCUAGAUAAAUCAAAACAGCAAAAAUCAGGAAAAAUUAUUAUACAAGAUCUUCAAAAAAGUUUUAUUUUCGAAACGGUAAAGGCAAUGGAGUUUAAGGAAAAGGUUAAAGCUGCGCGUAUGGAAGAUGGUGAAUUAACAGACAGCAGUAACAAUAAUAGAACACCAACAUUAAGUCCUACACCACCACCAUAUAAUUCAUUUAGAUCUUCAACAUUAAGUCCAAAUAGUACACUUAAAUCUGAAUCAGUGAAUCCGUUGAAAUCUAAAAAUGAUCUUAGAUUAAUUUUAAGAGAAAAAGAAAAGAAAAGAUUAAGUUCAGCGAGUAAACCAAAAGAUUACAGUGAUAAAGAACGCAAGGAUAAAUCGUAUAACAAAGUUAAAAAUAGAAGUAGCAAACGCAGUCGAAGUUGUCAUUCGCAAGAGAGAAAUAGAUCGGAUUCACAAGUGGAUAAUCAUCGUAGUAGAAGUAGAGCUAGGGAUAAAUAUUCAGAUAGAAGUAAGGAAAGACGUGACAGAGAUAGAAGUUAUGAGCGACGUGAUUCGAGAAGAAGCAGAGAGAGGAGGAGACACAAAAGUCGUAGCAGAGAGAAAAGUAGAGACAUGUAUGUUAGAGGAAGAAGUAGGAGUAAGGAAAGAAAAGAACGUAUUGAAAAGGAUAAAAAGAAAUUAUUGGACGAACUUACAGAUUUUUGUAAAUCUAUAUCAAAAUCUGAAGCAAUAGGAGAAUUGUCCAAUCUAUCGUCUGAUACCGACGGAAGUGAAUCAGAUAAAGGUUUCCAUCAUCCAUUUCUUCUAAAAGAAAGGCCAAAUCCGAUUGUCAUGAAUAUUCGAAAUGCAAAACAAUUACCAACAAAAACAUUUCAAGAAAAGACAGCUGAAUCUUCAAAUCAAUUGCGUCUUCAAUUUCCCGUAUCUAGUGGUCAGCAACAUAGAAAAACUGAAAGCGAAUGGAUUCCUGUAACACCAAAAAAAAUAGAACCAAAAAAACCGUUUGUACAAACAUCGUUACCAUCUGUUGAACCAGUUUCAUCAAUAGUGCCUAAGCCAAAUCCUAUACAGCCAGUACAACCUGUACAACCAACAGUUUUUCCAAGACCAUCUAUGACAGGACCAGUUGAUAUUGGAGCUAUAGUAUCACAGAGAUUAACUGCUAUGAGAAAGUUAAAAGAAAAUCCGAAUGAUGCUGUUGCAAAAAGUGAUUUGGCUAGACUACAAAAUCAGAUGACAACUUGGGCAGAAAGUAAACAAAUGCCAGGUCAGUUUACUGGUAGUACAGGUGCCAAAGUGCUCUCACCUGCUGAGCUUCAUUCAGGUUAUCAAGCAUGGGCUCAUAAGGAUCAAUUAGUGUCUGCGCAACCUGUUUCUGGUGGUAUGGGAAUGGCUUUAUUACAAAAGAUGGGUUGGCGACCAGGUGAAGGUUUGGGUAAAAAUAAAGAAGGUACAUUAGAGCCGUUACAGCUAGAAGUGAAAUUAGAUAAAAGAGGUCUCAUAUCGGAACAAGAUAUUGGACAAAAGAUUAAUAAUAAAACGGCUAAGCCAGUAAUACCGGCUAUUAAAACAUUAGAAGGGAAGCAUCCAGUAUCACUACUUGGGGAGUAUUGUUCAAAAAGAAAACUUGGUGCGCCUGUAUACGAAUUGUGUUUUGAGUGUGGCCCAGAUCAUAAAAAAAAUUUUCUAUUUAAAGUUAAGGUAAAUGGUAUUGAAUAUAAACCAACAUUUGCUAGUCCUAACAAGAAGCAAGCUAAAGCUGAAGCUGCACAAAUAUGUCUACAAACGUUGGGACUAUUAUCCUCAUAGUUCUUUAUUUCGAUAUUUGAUAAUUCAAUUAAUCAUUUAAUCCAAUAAGGAUUUAUAUUAAACUGUUCAAUUUAUUA